AUGCCUUAAUAUGCAUCUAUCACACCUAAACCUAUCUUCUACAAGACAAACGGCACUGGCAGAGAUACCUACAUUGAGACAAACAAUGGAGGACUGACCCAAGACAAGUAUCUAGCAAAGUUUCCCUCUAUAGGCACAUUCGGCUAGAAUAAUCAUUUGAGAAUUGCAGAGAGGAAACCCAAUUUGGGGCAUAGAAUAAGUCUCUAUAGAGCUGAUGGAACUGGCAGAGACUCUUACUGCUUUUCCUCUAAGGGAGGAUUUGCAAACGUAGAUUUACAUGACACUGAUGGCAACAUAUACUUCUAAACAUCACAGAGUAACCUAUCCCCUUCAAAGGUACAGCCACUUUAAGAGCUUUAAAGCGACCGUACUCUGAACUUCUUCGUGGGCCAACUCCGCAGUUACCAACAGCCGACAACUGAUAUCUAUACUAAACACCACUAAAUGAGGCAAAAGAAGGAGCAAAUAAAACGUAUUCUGAUAAAGAAUACUCUGCUAGCUAGAUCUCAUUCUGUAAAGGACAUUGGCGAUGAGCAGUAGAGAUCUGCCUUCACCAGAGCUGCUUUGGACUCAGCUCCGUUGAAGAUCUCGCUUGAGUAAAACAGGAUGCGAGCCACCGGAUUCUAACUCAGCCAGCAGAACUCUCCCAUCUUUCAGAGAGGACUCUAAAAACCUCAUGCAGCCAUACAAGAGAACAUGUCCAUGCCAAGUUUGUUUUAUAGAACAGACCAAAUGAACAAAUUCAUCAGAGAUGAAUACUCACCUUCCAGAUAAUAUCUAGCUCAGCAGCUAGCUGCAUAGAAGCAAAGAAUCAAGAUGAGAGUCUUGUCGCAGCCAAAAUUCUUGAAGGGCGAAAGAAGAGUAAGCAGUGAGAUUAGGACCAAGGAGAAUAUGAAUAGUAACUUAACACUGGGAGCUGAGUACUUGAAUGUAUCGCAAAGAAGCAAUCAGAAUAUCAAUGCAAGUGGAACAGAUGCAGCAAAUAACGGUCUUUACAUGAAAGUCAAGAGUAUUAAGAAUUUGAAGGAAUGA